GCAGCAGUGUUAUCUCAGCUCUGCACAACGUGCUGCUGUCUCAUAGACGCCAUGGAGUCUUUUAGGAACAGUUAAAACCGAAAUGCGGGCCAUGGGCUAAUGAGAAAGCCAUAUUUGCCGCCUCCAAGGCCGUACACACGUUCGCUAGAGCGUCACGUUGGCGGGGGCUGACUGUCAGCCUCAUUUCUCUCAACUCAAAGAACUUCUCAAGACGAAGGAAAAUAGCAAGCCGUCGAAAGUGUAUUUCAAUAUGUUUCUGAGAUUAUGUGCUAAACUCAACUUCACAAAAUCCGAUCGACGUGACGGUGAGAAGCACGAUGAACAACCCCCGCGUCCGAACACGCAAGUGCAGAAUCGAGUCAUGAAAAAGGCCGAUGUUGACGUGUCAUCCACCCAAGAUACAAAGGCCAGCAAACACCCGAGGGAAAACCUCUGGGAAAUCGCUGGAGAAAGAUUAGAUGACAAAUACCGAAAAUUCUUGGACUUGGAUAGUCCACUCCCAAUCACCAAGGCUAUCGAAGAUGUGAUCGAGUCGACUGAAAAGAAAUACCGCGAGUAUAAAGAAGGUGGGCUCAAAAUUCGGAAGCGGCAUGGGGGACAUAUCAAUGUUCGCGAUUCCGCCAAAAACAUCAUUCGCUAUGCAUUGCAAGCCCAGGACCUUGUCAAGACAAUAGUGUCAUUUGAUCCGACUGGCCAUGCAUCAAGUGCAUGGUCAAUCGUUUCCAUUGGGCUAACCAUGAUAAAUAACGCUAUUGAACGUCGGGACGAUAUUUUCGAGGCAUCCGAAUAUCUUGCUAGUACUCUUUUCUAUUAUGCGAUAGUUGACAGUCAUUACCUGGACAGAAAAGUGGAAAGCGAUCAAGGACUGGAAGAUUCUCUGGUUGAAGUCUACACCGCGGUUCUUCAGUACACAGCCGAAGUCAAAAAGGCCGAAAAGGAAAGCGCAGCUGCCCGCGUGGGAAAAAGCAUCGCAGCCCUUGUGCAGCAGCCGUUGAAAGACCUCAAGGCAGCUAUCGAAACAAAAGGGGAAGCUGUUCAAAAGUGGACGGAUCUUACAGCAACCUUAGAUCACAGACAACAAGCUGAAAGUACACUGGAUCGGAUUGACGAGGCGGUUGAAAGAUUGAAGAUUAUCCAAUCACACCAAAGGAGCUUGCAAGACCGAGAGAUCCUCGAUUGGCUGUCCACGACAUCUUACUCAGACCCCCAAAAUAACACGCAAGACCGCCGAGCAUCAGACACGGGGAACUGGCUUCUUGAGUUAGCCGAGUAUAAAGAGUGGAAGACUACGGCUGGACAGAUUCUUUGGCUACAUGGAGCAGUCGGAUGCGGAAAAUCGGUUCUCUGUUCUACAGUAAUCAAAGAUGUCGAGGAAUUCUGCUAUGCCGAUCCAUCAAGAAAUUUUGCCUACUGGUACUUUCAGUUCAGCAAUGAGGAAACACAAAAAGUGUACAACAUGAUCAGGUCCAUAUUACGGCAGUUCAUGCCGCGAACGCUCCCUGCAUCCAUGAUCAAACUCUGGGAGGGACAUAGUAAUCGAGGUAGCAAGCCACAGCAGCAAAAGCUUGUGGAUAUCCUGGACAUUAUCAUCGAGAAUUUUCAGGGCGAAUUUUUCCUUGUCUUUGAUGCUCUAGACGAGUGCCCUGCAACAGGACAUGCCGAGCGGAGCUUCUUGCUUGAAUCUCUUCAAGGACUGAUGGCAAAACAUCCUUCUAAGAUGCAUAUUCUCGCCACAAGUCGACCAGAGCCGGACAUACGUUCAAAGCUGGAAAAAUAUCAAAACGUGAACCUGGAGAUCGGAUUGGUAGAAGAUGUGGAAACUUUUGUCCGUGCUCAAGUUUCCCAUGGAAGGUUGUGUGAAUGGGGCGCGUCAAUCCAGAAGCAAAUCUUGGAGAAAUUGCUUGAUAUUCCUGAACGCAGGCGCUUUCGCUGGGCUGAUCUACAAAUUAAGCGGCUUGAAGAGUCUAGAACUGAGGCUGAAAUCCAUAACGCCCUUGGUUCUAUUCCACAGACACUGGAAGAUACCUAUAAAGAUACCCUUGAAAGGCUAUCAUCAUAUCAUCGAGAAGCAGCUCGCACAAUAUUGAUCUGGCUCAGUUUCUCUGCCGUUCCGCUCGAUUUAAAAACGGUCGCAGCUGUUGUGUCUUUCCGGUUUCCGGAAGAUGUUGUGACAACCUGCACCACCUCCCUGGUCACUGUGAGCACCUCUGAUGAUACUGUAAGACUGGCUCAUUUCUCCGUGAAAGAAUUUGUGGAUCGCAAAGACACCGAGGGUCAGUGGUAUCAAUUCUCGGCAAUAUCCGGUCAUGAUGCUAUGGCAAACAAAACACUCGACUGUCUUCUUGAUACUACCGAGAUUCUGACAAAGACCACUGCUAUGCAACAACCACUACUGAUAUACGCUGCGACGUAUUGGGACUGGCAUCUGGAAGAGCUAGGAGAUCUAUACGCCAAGCGUACCGGUCUCCAGGAAAAGGUUGACCGUCUGUUUACCGAGCGCGAUAUUUAUUUCAACUGGGUGCGCUUGCUUCAUUAUUAUUCCGACUACUCAUGGGGUCAAACGUUCGAGGAACUCGAUCCGCCUCUGUAUUAUGCAUCAGACAAAGGAUUGAAAACAACGGUAGAGACUUUGCUUGCAAAAGGCGCCUACCCAUCAAAGCUACGUUCAGAUGGAUCCAAGAAUCCCAUAAGUGCAGCCGCGGAACAAGGCCACCUUGAGGUUUUGAAGUUGUUGCUAGAGAAAGUAGAUGAGAUUCCUCGAAGAGUGACUGAAGGCAUUCUGGAGUCCACAAACACCCCUGAGGCUGAUAAAGAGAAACUGGCGGUCAUUUUAGAUAUGCUUUGGGACAAGGGUGCUUUGCAUGAUCAAUCAAGAGCAUCGCGUAAGAUCAUUGAUGAGAGGCUGGUUGGAACAGCAGCUGGAAGCCGCAGAAAAUCGGGCCCCUUACUAAUGAGCCUGCUUCUGGAUCGAAAAGAGAAAAUGACCGUUAAGAUAACCGAGAAGGUAUUACGGGCUGCAUCGCUCAAUUUAAUCUGCGGCACAGAAAUCAUGAAGUUAGUUUUGAAUCGGUGUGAUGGGGAUAUUAAGAUUACCUCAUCAUUUAUGCAGGAGCUGAUAUCGUCGUCGUCAUCGAGUCCUGAUUUCAUGACUGUCGUUCUGAAUAGACGGAUAGACGAGAUCAUGUUGGACGAAAAAUAUGUUGAGAGUUUCGCACGUGGAAAGAAGGAAGCGAUGGAACUACUUCUACAAAAGCGUGGCGAGGAAAUCCAAGUCACGGAGAAAGUCUUGAUUGCAGCCGCCAGAAAUACGCAUGAUGCACAGACAGUGAGGUUACUUUUGAUCAGACGAGAGCCUGGAACGAAUAUCAACAAAGAAAUCCUCAUAAGCGCCGCGAGAAACCGCAGAAAAGGCAGUGAAAUCAUGAAUAUGCUGCUAGAUGAAUUUGGGCAGGACACUGCCAUUGAUGAUGAGAUCAUUCAGGCAAUUGCGGAGAACCCAGAUGAAGGCUUGGACAUGAUGAAAACGCUUCUAUGCAGACAGCAGGCAUGGGUUGGGGUCAGUGAACAGAUUUUGGACAAAGCUGCCACAUGGAAUAAUCGAGAAAUGCUGGAGUUGCUGGUGAAUAAUGCCAGAGGGUCAGAUAUUGCCAUCACUGAGAAGAUUGUCUGCUCCGCAGCUCAAAACAAUGACCAUGCAGUAGAGCUGAUGGAAUAUCUAUUUGAUCUUCGAGGUCACAGUCUUCCAAUUACGGAGGAUGUAUUGGUAUCAGCCGCAACUGCACAGUACUACCAGAGUAGAAGCGAUGAUUUGCUCACAUUGAUCUUGGAGAGACGCCCGGAAAUGCCAGUAACCGAUCGACUGUUGGAAGCGGUAUCUCCUUUCCCUAAUGCCAUCAAGCUACUAUUGGAUCGACGACAAGACCGGCUUCCAAUCGGAAAAAUGAUCAAAAAUAUAUCAACAGGAUAUAAUAAACAACCAAGGGUACAAGAGUUGCUUCUCGAUCGGCAGCUUGUGCAAGUGGAUGAGUGGCUGGUGGAAACGGUUGCCGGUAAUAGUUUGGCUAUGAAGGUCAUUUAUAUCAGAAAGCCGGAGUUUCCAGUGACCCCAAAGGCGGUAUUAAAUGCUGCAGUGGACCCUAAUUCGCUCCACACGCUGCUAAUCAGACAGAAGAACCAAAUCUUGAUCACAGAACAAGUGAUCAAGGCUUCAUUACAGGAUACGAUGCCAGAAUGUGCAAUCGACUUACUGUUGACUCGGUUAGGACCAGCGGCAGUGCCGAUUACAGAGGAUAUACUGAUAUAUGCUAUCCGGAAUGGAAGGAUCAUGGCUCUAGAACUGCUGCUGGAACAACGCCGUGAUUUAAAUCUUGAAGCAGUUUGGGAAGCUAUAUGGCAGGUUACUGAGCUUAACCCAUAUUAUCUCACAGAGGCAACAGGGGUUUUAUUUCGAUACGCCCAUUUCGAUAUCUCGGAAAUGAUGUUAGAGAAGAUUCCAUCUGUGUCCAUGGAUGAAGGUUUUUGGGUUUAUCCUUUCGACGGCCUCAUCCGCUCGUGUUUGCAGCACAGGAUACCGUUACCCACGACAGAGACAGCAUUCGAGUUGAUCGUGGAAAGAGCAAGUGUGAAUACUAUCGAUAUAUUUUUGGAAGACCACCCGGACAUGGAGACUACCGAAAAGCACAUCCAGGCUGUUGGGAGGAAUCCAAGAGAAAACGUGGACAAGGAUGAUUUGGUAUCGCUUCUACUUUCCAAGAAGCCCAAUGUGUUUUGA